AUGGGAAAUUUCGAAAUAAAAUCUAUCGCCGUCGUUGGGGCCGGAGCUGCUGGUGCUAUCACGGCAGCUACUCUAAAAGCCGAAAAUUACUUUGACAGGAUUCGCGUCUUUGAGCGCCGGGAAACACCUGGUGGCACUUGGAUUUACGACGCAGAUCCAAGUGUUGCUACCAUCCAACCUGGAGCUCUACCAACAGAAAUCGACAAACCGCUCGUAAUCCCAGAAGACCUGCCGACUACGACCACCCCAAACCAGCAAGAGAGAUAUGCACACACGCCCAUCUAUCAGAAUCUCACCACUAAUGUCCCUCAAAUCGCCAUGUCCUUCUCUGACAUGUCCUUCUCUUACGGGCCAUUCGUCCCGCACUAUGUACCUCGUCAGUAUAUAGAGUCUUACUUCUCAGUCCACAAAACCGAUGGAUAUCUGUCACUCAACACCACGGUGGAAGAUAUCUCGCAACUACCAUUGACCUCUAGGGAUGGUCUGAACUUGUGGAGACUGACGUUGCGCAAGUACGAUCCACUGCGUCGGGUGGAUAUAUGGUGGCAGGAGAACUUUGACGCAGUUAUUCUUGCAAACGGGCACUAUGCCGUCCCUUGGGUACCUCACGUUCAAGGCUUGGAAGCAUAUAUGGAAAGGUUUCCAGGCAGAGUCAUACACUCCAAGUUCUAUCGCUCCCCCUGGAUUUAUGCUGGUAAAAAGGUGCUUGUCAUUGGUAAUUCAGCCUCGGGUCACGAUAUUUCUGUCGAUCUGCUACAAGCUGUUCAGCUUCCACUCUAUCAAUCGAGAAGAUCACGUGGAAGACUGGAUGGUGAUGAGCCACCGGCAGGGGUGGAGUGGAAGAAAGUCAUCAAGGAGUACCGUCUGGAUGGAACAAUCGUGUUUGAAGAUGACAGCGAACUCACUGAUAUUGAUCACGUCCUUUACUGCACUGGCUAUCUUCCUUCCUAUCCUUUCUGGAACACCCAAGCGAACGGCCGCCCACUAUUCGACUACAAGAAGAAGAAACUUAUUAAUAAUUACUGGCACACAUUCUUCCAAGAUAUACCUAACUUGGCAGUUGUCGGUAUGCCACGAGUUCUUACUUUCCGAAGCUUCGAAUACCAGGCCAUAGCAAUUGCACGGCUUUUCUCCGGUAGGAGCGCAAUACCUCUUCCUUCCAAAGAGGAACAGCAGAAGUGGGAACGUGAUAGAGAGAGUCGCUGUAGGCAAGAAGGACGCAGGUUUCAUGAGAUUGAAUGGGAAAAUGGCGAGACUUUCAGCUGGUUAGACGGGUUCUUCCAGAUUGCAGGUUUGGGGACAUUACACGGCGAUGGCAGGAUCCCACCAGUCUUGGGAAAAGAUCUCAUUUGGGCCAUAGAGCAUGUGAGGAAGUACCCAGUGCCAGGCAACGGCAAACAGAAGGAGUCAGGAGGUGGCUUAGAGUAUAAAGAAAAUGAGUGGACUUUAGUUCACAGGCCGAAGAAGGACCCUUUGCUUUUCAUUUGA